GUUUGGCAGUUGUCGUGCAAUGCAGGGGAGCCAGGGCCCGUCUGCGGCGGAGGGAUCCCCCCCCCUCACUGGGACCCCGAGAAGACCCGAACCCGGUCAGGAGUCGCCUGGGGGGCCCCGGGCUGUCCUGAGCGCCUUGCCGUGAGAGGCAAGCGAGUUUUUUCUGCCGGGAGAGAGCAUGUCCAGCGACCCUCCCCCACCCUACCCAGGGGGGCCGUCAGCCCCCCUCCUAGAAGAGAAGGAUGGUGCCCCUUUCCCGGCAGGCAGAGCCUCGCCCUCCAUGGUGCAGCCGCAGCCGCAGAUGCAGCCGCAGGGGGUCCCGCAGCCGCCUUCCGAGUACGGGCCCCCUCCGUACGAACCGCCCCCUCACCCGGGCUUCAUUCCCAUGCCCCCUGAUGGGUCCAUGCCCUACAUGCCCCCUGGAGGCUACUACAUGCCCCCGGGGCCCCACGCCGCCACGGGCUACUACCCCCCGACGGGCCCCUACCCGCCUCCGGGGAGCCAGCCGGGGACGGUCCUGGUGCCCUCGGGUGCGGCGACCACCGUGACGGUGCUGCAGGGCGAGAUCUUCCAGGCGGCCCCCGUGCCCACGGUCUGCCCGCACUGCCAGCAGGCCAUCACCACCAAGAUCUCCCACGAAAUCGGCUUCAUGAGCUUCCUGGUGGGCUUCUUCUGCUGCUUCGUCGGGUGCGACCUGGGCUGCUGCCUGAUCCCGUGCCUUCUGGACGACUUCAAGGACGUGACGCACACCUGUCCCAACUGCAAGGGCUACAUCUACACAUACAAGCGCAUGUGCUAGUGGCACCCGCUGGGCUGGGCGAUCCCCCCACCCACCCUCGGCCUCCCCCUACCCCCUGCACCACCGGACGCUUCCUUCUCCGCCUUUCCCUCCUCCGGCCGUUGCAGAGAACACCUGGAGGGCGUCUGGAGCCGCCAGGUCGUCUGGUGGACAGGAGCCGUGAUUGGAGGCAGCGGAAGGGUGGCGGGCCUGGGGGGGGCCUGCCUCGUGUGGCUCGCUUGUGUCCCCCUCCCCCGAGAGUAUGGGAAAGAGACUCUUCAUUGCAAGCCUCUCGUUCUCUGGAAUGCCCCUUUGCCCUGCGGCGGACUGUUGGAGGGCCCACCCUGGAUGCUGGGGGUCGCACGGCACGGCCCCUCCUGGUGUCUCCCAGGCGCCACUUUUCCCCGUGGGUGCGUGCUUGGAAGGAGGGUCUGUUGUGUUAAGACCAGUCGCCUCUCUGGCCUCGCCCUCAGAAGAGGCAACCUGAAAGGAGACGCUCCAAGAAGGGUGGGUGUUGUGAGUCUUGGCCGUGUGCUUGGCUCAGUACGCACACGAGUGGGUCCAGGAACUGUCCCCCCCCCUUCCCGGGCAUGUACGGCUCCCUGGGAGGCAGGAACCGAGGGAGGGGGCAUCCGUCCAGCUGUUGGGGGCCAUGGACUCUGUUCCCCGCCGGCAUCCGUCCUGCGCCCACUGGGCCCUGCCAGGAGAGAGAGGCCGCUGUCACGCUUGCGGCUGGACCCGGCCUCUGCUGUACCCCCUUCCCUGCCGUCCUGUGUUGGCCCUCGGUUUGGGGGAAGGCUCCGGAUGAGCCCCCCCAUCCCCCUUUCGACUCCGCCCCACCCCCAGGCGUGUAGAUAGCUCAGCCAACCCGCGUAGGAAUGUGCUUGCCUGCCGUUUCGUUUUGGUUCUUAUAACUGUGAAUUAGCGGAAAUGUGAAAAACGUGUAGCACCCCCCCCCCAGCACUUCUUCUCUCCCCCCCCACUUGGUUUUGCACUAAUUCCUCUGAGAAAGGUGCCCC